AUUUCGGGAAAUGAAAACAGCAGUGAAUGGCGGCGCUCGGUCUCCGCAGAGCGACUCGGAGCUUCUCAGUGAGGAACAUCUGCGACCCGAACCGGCGUUAUUUAGAGGUUUUCCAGGUCGCCUUUGUACUUGAAAAUGAGGUGAAAUGUAGAUGAUACACGUUUUUACAGGAUGAGUUUGGAGAUGAGCCACGAGAAGUGUCGGUUUGGAGGAAAAGCCCGUCUUUAUUCGGUGAAUUGAGAUGAAGCAGGCUGCUGGAUUGUCACUGUUCUGUUCACCAGGAGCUGAUCUUCAUCUCUUUCCUUUUCAAUACAGUCUCCAGUAACAGACUGAUCUUUAUUCAUAUCUGGAUCGAAAUAUAAUCGAAUCAAUCGACUGUCUCUGGUCGAACAGCAGAAGAAGGGAGGCAGGAUUUCAUUCUUUCCAGCUGGGGAAUGAUAAUAUGUCAAGACGCAAACAGACCAACCCUUUCAAAGUGAAUUGUAGGUAUCACAGGGCCGUUUCACAUGACAGGCUUCUCUGGCCCUCAACACGCUUCAGAGAUGGAGGCAAAAGACGACUUUGCUGAAAACCCUGCAUGCCACAGCGUCACCUGCGGAGACCUGGACGAUCAGGACGGCACCACCGACGAUAGUGACAGCGACCUGGACAAAGAGAACUCCUCCAGCUCCUCUGGUGAUGACAACAUGGUGCGUCAUAAGGCGAGCCAAUGCUCUGAUCACGGCGGAGGGAUGAAAGAGGAGAGCGAGAUGGAGUCAGACCUGGGAGGUAAUUACUCGUGUCCGAUUUGCACCCUGGAGUUCGGUAGCCCUGAUCUACUCAUUGCACAUGUCUACCAGCACACAUCCACGGUGGGCGGCAGUAAGAGUUACGUGUGUCCUGUGUGUGGACGAGCUCUCAGUUCACCAGGGUCUCUCGGACGCCACCUUCUCAUUCAUUCCGACGACCGACUCUCCAACUGUGCAGUGUGUGGAGCUCGCUUUACAGACACCAACAACUUCAACAGGGAAAAGCUGAAAGAGUUCCUCAGUGGCAGUGACUUAGAGAGCAGGAGCGAAGAUCAGACCUGCCCCAUGGUCCAGGCCGUGACGGUGACUGAUGAUCACAUGGCCAUCCAAGGGACCAAUCAUGGAGCUGCUCCAGGUUCUGGCUUCCCCGUGCUCUCGGGCGGCCUUCUCUCAUCUGGCUCUUUACUGCCGCCGUUCCCCGACUCCCUCAACCAGCUACCUGACUUGUUAAACACCAUGCCCGUGUAUCCAGCAGGCGUGCUGCUGGUGUGUAAUAGUUGUGCGGCGUACCAGCAGCUGGCUGGCAGUCCAUCCUCGGCGAUGAGGAAGUGGGCAUCACGACGCAGAAACGAACCGACCGAGGCGCGCUUGCAGAGACUGGAGCGCGAACGCGUGGCCAAGAAGAGCAAGCGCGAGCGCGAGACGUCUGAAGAGCGCGAGCUGAGACGGCUGCGCGACCGUGAAGCUAAGCGCAUGCAGCGGCUGCAGGAAACGCAGGAGCAGCGAGCGCGCCGGCUCCAGCGAGACCGCGAGGCCAUGCGCCUCAAGCGUGCCACCGAGACGCCCGAAAGGAGACAAGCGCGGCUGGUGCGCGAACGAGAGGCCAAGCGACUCAAACGUCGGCUGGAUAAGAUCGAACCGUCGUUGCGUGCUCAGAUCGAGCACGAUCCCGCCGCCGUGGCCGCGCUCACCGCCGACGUCAAUCUCUUCCAGUUUCCCUUCCCUGUCUCCUCCAUGGACAACGGGUUAUUCAUGAAACUACCCUAAUCUAAGUGUCGGAUUUGUUCUUAUGCGUAAUAAGACCAGAUUAUAUAAGACUGGUCACACGAUCAAUGGCAGAAGCUCUGUUUAUUUAUACGCAGGUGACAUUUGUCCCAAGGUGAACUUCGAAAUGCUGUUUGAGCCCUAUUUUAGAACAUUAUCUAGAUCAGUAGCAUCUUCUCUUGCCGUUCUAAACCACGCAAUAUAAUAAUUGCCGUAACUUCAGCGAGCUUUAUUUGCUACUGGUCCUCUUUUUGUUAUUAUUUCCAGCCUAAUAAGUGAAAACAAGGCUCGCAGUGAUGUCACAUAACCUUUUUUUUAAAUUAGAGAAACAAACUUA